CCAACCCCAGAUUCCCCAGUCAGCAACCCCCACGAAUGUUACAGCCAAAGCCGAGUCGAUGUCGCACAGGAAACACGGUCCUUCAUUUCAUAGGCGAGCCGUUGGAAGUGUAACGGCGGCCCGGGAUCGGGCUUGAGUACUGUGCAAGCGGCUGGCUGUUCCCGCACAUCCCGUUCAUCGAUGAUCAACACUGAUAUUGUAGCUUGUGGCUGAUGAGUGUGUUCUCACAGUAGAUGUCAAGUCGCAGAGGUGUACGUUGAAUGAUGCUUUGACUGUGGUGUCUCCCCGUAAAGAGGACGGCUGAUUGGCCAGAUUUGGUGUAGCGUAGCGGGGAUCGCCUUCGGUUGGCAAGCGAUGUAGAAGACAUUGCGACCGCUUCUGAAUGAGAUGACCCGUGCCGUCAAGCGACAGGUGUUGGCUUUGCUGGCUGAUUUCGCUCUUUCCUUUGUCCUCAUACACUGAUCAUGAAUACGCCACCCUAAUUCUGAACAUCAUGGAGUCGACGGGAAAAAGCAGGGCGGACGUCGAGCAUAGGAGCCACAAGCGCGACAGCGAGACUGGGGUCCCCGCGAAAGAGCUGGAAAUCGAGGAACACGAGCAGCCACUUCCCGCUUCGAUCCACCAAAUCCGGUCGCACGCAUCCCAUGCCGACAAUACCAUCUCCUUGCGCGAAGUCAACCCUGUAUCUGUGCGACUCGAUCAGCUCUCUGUGUCUGUCGAUGAGUCGCCCAACGCGCUUGCCAAAAUAUUUUCGAAGAAGAAAGCAACGGGCCACAGUCACGUGAAGAACAUCCUGGACGAUGUCUCAGCCAACCUCCCAAGCGGAACGCUUACAGCGAUCAUCGGCGGCAGUGGCAGCGGCAAGACAUCCUUGCUAAACCAAAUGAGUGGGCGCAUGAAGGGAAACCGGAUAACUACCUCUGGUCGAACCUUGUUCAACGGCAGUGAAGACGCUUCGAGUAUCAGAAGUGCCUAUGUGAUACAACAAGACAUCCUCCUCCCAACAUUGACCGUUCGAGAGACCCUGACGUAUGCCGCACAACUCCGGCUUCCUUCUUCGGUAACCCAGGAUGAAAGGAAACAACUGGUCGAAGAAGUCAUUGCGGAGCUGAGCUUGAAGGAGGCCGCAGAAACUCGCAUAGGAAAUACUGCGCACAAGGGCUGCAGUGGCGGCGAAAAGAGACGAACCAGCCUUGGCGUGCAGCUGCUCUCGAAUCCGAGCUUGCUGUGGUUGGAUGAGCCCACAACGGGUCUUGAUUCCACAAGCGCCUAUCAAGUUGUCAAGACGCUGCAGAACCUCGCUCGAAAAGGUAGAACGGUCAUAGUGACCAUUCAUCAGCCACGUUCUGAAAUAUGGAGUCUGUUUGACAAUGUCAUCCUGCUCACAAGAGGCAGUCCCGCGUACGCCGGUAGUGCCAAAGACUGUCUGGAAUAUUUCGCGAAGCUCGGUCAUGAGAUGCCGCCGUUCACGAACCCAGCGGAACAUCUCAUCGAUGUGGUCAGUGUUGACAAUAGAAGCGAGGAGGCUGAGGUUGUGGCUGAAGAAAGAGUUCGGCAUAUCAAGGCAGCUUGGAGAGAGCACUGUGACAAGGCUCUCGCUGAGAAGACUGAGCAAAGCUACACUACAGUCCCUGUUGCGCCCAAGCUUAAGUCUAUGCCACGACAUUCCGGCAUAUGGCAACAAGUCCGUGUGCUCACCUCGCGAACCUGGGUUGUAACGAUACGAGACCCCAUGGGCAUGUUUGGCAGCCUCCUGGAAGCUGUCAGCAUGGCCAUCAUCACGGGAUGGAUUUUUCUGAACGUGGAUGGAUCGUUGUCGGGGAUUCGGUCUCGGCAGGGUGCUCUUUACAACGCAGCUGCGCUACAGGGCUACCUAAUCCUGCUUUUCGAAACUUAUCGACUCACGGAGGAUAUUCAACUUUUCGACGAAGAAGCACGGCAGGGUGUUGUUAGCAUCCCAGCUUUCCUCAUAUCAAGACGCCUCGCCCGUUUCUUCAUUGAAGAUCUUCCGGUACCGCUCAUCUUUUCGGUUAUCUACUACUUCAUGGUCGGCUUUCGUGCUGAUGGCGGCGAGUUUCUCACAUUCUUCAGCGUCAUUCUCCUAGAACACUACAUCGCGGUAUGCUUCGCCAUGGUCUGUAUAGCUGUCUCCAGAAACUUCGCAGGAGCGAGUCUAGUGGCCAAUCUUGCGUAUACGUUGCAGUCGAUGGCGUGCGGAUACUUCAUUCAGUCGAACACUAUUCCCAUAUAUGUGCGAUGGACCAAGUGGACUGCUUACGUGUUCUACGCUUUUGGUGCUUUGUGUGCCAACGAGUUCACGGACAGCUUCUAUGACUGUCCGGUCGGUGGACCUGCAGACGAGGCAUGCAAAGAGUAUACCGGUACUUUCAUCAUGGACUCACUCGGCUUUCCCGACAACUGGGUAUGGCGGCCAAUCCUUGCCUUGACGGGAUACGUGUUUGCUUUCUACGCAGGAGCAGCUGUGUUAUUGAGAUACUGGAACGCUGAGAUUGCUAUGGCGCGAGCUCGUCCAUCUAAUAUGGACGCAUCUGCCGGCAAAGAGAAGAUGAGCGAACGCACACCUGAUGAAGUAAGAACAAUCAACAUUCGUCUCGAAGACUUUGGUUUGGACAUUGAGAAACGCGCUUUGCGAUCGCAAACGACCAAAUCAAUCCUGAAUCCACUUACUGCAGAGUUUCAGCCAGGCUCUUUGAAUGUCAUCAUGGGUCCAUCUGGCUCAGGAAAGACAUCACUGCUCAACAGCAUGGCUGGAAGACUGAAAGACGACUUUUCGACACGCUACAGAACGUUCGGCACGAUGACUUUCAACGGACUUGCGCCCUCCGAGGAUGUUGUCCACUCUAUCUGCUCGUUCGUCACUCAGGAUGAUGAUGCCCUCCUGGCUUCACUGACUGUCCGCGAAACGCUUCACUACGCCGCGGGUCUCCGUCUUCCGAAAUGGAUGUCCAAGCAGCAAAAGACGCAAAAGGCCGAAGAGAUGCUCCUCAAGAUGGGCCUCAAGGAUUGUGCGGACAAUUUGAUUGGCAAUGACCUUAUCAAAGGCAUCAGCGGAGGCGAGAAACGUCGAGUGACCAUUGCUGUACAGAUACUUACAGAGCCGCGCGUACUGCUGCUCGACGAGCCGCUUUCAGGUCUCGAUGCUUUCACGGCGCUCUCGAUCAUGGAUGUGCUGCUUGGUCUUGCACAUGAAGGCCGCACGCUCAUUGUCACCAUCCACCAGCCUCGCUCUGACCUUUUUACUCACUUUGGCAACAUUCUGCUCCUUGCCCGUGGCGGCCACCCCGUAUUCGCAGGGCCAGCGCUUCAGAUGCUUCCGCACCUCGCCGCUCAAGGCUACGACUGCCCUCAGCACGUCAAUCCAGCCGAUUUCGCACUUGACCUGAUAACCGUAGAUUUGCAGCAUGCGGCGCGCGAAGAAGCAAGCAGAGCCAAAGUGCGCAAACUGAUCGAGGCCUGGCAUCCCGACCUCUUCCCGGCUACGAGGACGGGUUCAAUCACCACGCCUGCCGAGCUGGGCAGUCUUGCUCGCGAGCCUGCAAGUUUUGCGUCAGCAUACUCGAUUCUCAUCCGGCGCGCCACAAAGAACUUCUUCCGCAUGCCUGAUCUGAUCAUCGCCCGCAUCAUGCAGGUCGUGGGUUUGGGUAUAGUACUGGCACUUUUCUUCGCGCCACUCAAGAACGACUACUUCUCUAUUCAAAACCGUAUGGGAUUUCUCGUUGAAAUUGCGCCACUCUACUUCGUCGGUAUGCUGAACAACAUCGCCACCUAUCCCGUAGAGCGCGAUGUAUUCUACAGAGACUACGACGAUCGCAUCUAUGGCGUAGAAGCCUUCUUCCUGACCUACAUCUCGAUAACCACGCCGUUCGAGAUCAUAUCCUGUUUUGUUUUCGCAAUCCUCGCUGUUCUGGCGGUCGGCUUGAAACGCGAUGCCAGCACGUUCUUCAUCAUCACAUACAACGCGUUUUGCAUCACGAGUUGCGGCGAGAGUAUUGGCAUCGCAUUUAAUACACUGUUUUCGCAUACAGGCUUCAGUGUCAACAUCAUGAGUGUGUUUCUUAGCGUUGCGCAGGUCAUGGGUGGCGUCCUUUCCCUCAAUAUUCCAUCGUUUCUGCAAGCUUUCAACCACCUCUCUCCUGUAAAAUGGGCCAUCGGAAACAUGGCCCCCUACACCCUCCGCAACGAGAAGUUCACGUGUGAGGAUUGGCAGAAGAUCAGUGGCCAAUGUCCUAUCACAACGGGUGAACAGGUCUUGGAGCUGUACAAGCUGGACAAGGAUCCAGAGAUGUAUCUUAUGGCGCUUGGUAUUUGCGCGUUUGUAUAUCGGUUCUUGGCUUAUGUGGUGCUGAAGUGUGUCAAGGAGAGGUGGGUGGGCCGAAUGUGGAGGAAAUUGGGUGGUGGUAAGAAGAGCAUUCCUACGGUUUGAAUAGAGCAGGCAUAAGCUGUUACCAUAUGAUACAACAGACAAGACGAUAUCUGCUGUGUACACCGACGCACCGCCAUACCGAAUUUAUACCUAGCAGUAGAUCAUAAUAUGAUAGUGCCUACACCUGCACACUACCUACACGCUGCUUUCCACGUCGAUCUCAACGGACAGGUGUAUGGACGCACUUACCUGAUCAUGGCGGGCCACGUGGAAGGGAAUGCCACGGCUAUGGCGGUCUAUCGGGCCGUGAUGGUUGUUGCGAUCGAGCCGUGUGAGAUGCAAG